UGGAGUCCUUCCCCGCAUCAAUCUGCGGAGCAAAAUCCCGGGAUUAAACGGGAGCAUUAAAACUCACAUUGAGCCUCAUGUGACUCCCAACAUCCGACAUCACAGCAGUCGACAUGGACCUGUCCGGGAUCCACCAGGGGAUGCUGAGGAUGUACGGAGGCUUCAUCUUCAAGCAGUGGAAGAAGAGGUUCUUGCUGCUGACGGGCGAGGGCAACCUCCUGGUGAGCCACGACGCGUCCUCCCUCCCUGAGAAGCUGGUGAUGCUGCACAGCGGCUGUGAGGCCAUUGUGGAAGGCAAGGAGAUCCUGGACCUGCCCAAGUUGCCGCCUGGAGGAUCCAGAGAUUGCUGCUUCGCCCUGAUCCUGCCUCAGAACAAGUACCUGCUGCUGAUGGCCGACGCUCCUGAAAUAUGCAGUCAGUGGUUGAACAUGCUGAGAAAAGUGAGAGAGAGCGUCUCCUCACACGCGGGUCUCUGCAGGAAACAUCAGGUGCCACCACUGGCGCUAAAGAACCUGGUGCCGGAGCAAAUCCUGGAUAAAGAUCCGCCCACUCCCCCGGUCAGCCAUGCAGAAGUCUCCUCUACAGGACCUUUGACCUGCAACUCUCCCAGAGACAAAAGCAGGAGCGCUCACUGCUCCAAACACUACAAAGGAGCCGUGCAUCCGGUGGGCUGUCUGCGGCACGGCACCUUGAGCAACACCCAGACCAUGAAGGCGGUGUAUCUGCUGAUGGGCGGAGCAGCUGCCUCCUCAGCCAUGGGUUACUUAGGCGCCUGCACACCCUCUAAUCUGGACGCCAAAGCCCCUGACAUGCCAAUCAACGCGGACUUCUCUGACCUAGGCCAGACGGGGUCGUACCACACGGGCAGCCCGGCCAUCAGCUCGCCUCAUUUUAACAGCUUCGACUUCGAGGUGGCAGAUGCCGACUUUGAUGCCUUUGAUUGUGGCGGAUUUACUUUCUAGCAGCUUGUGUUUCCUUCAUACUUGUUUGGUCUUUUUUUGCCGAAUGAGUUUGGAUAUGGAAAGUCUGAAUUAUUUAAGACGAGAGUGUUCAACCUUUUUUUUUUUCUCAGCAUCCAACCGAAUAAAUUGAAGGUGACGUCUCAUGUCCUCAAAUGUAACACACCCUCACUUUCCCUUAGAAAACCUGGCAUAAACAAGUCUAAGAAGAUGAGGUUCAAACUCCUGGCGCUCCAACACUCAGAAGCUUUAUUUAUUUAUUGUUAUUGUAUGGAGUUUAACGGCAGGCUGCAGAAUGCCUUCAGGCUUAGGUGUGGACAUCGACGCUGCUGACGGUGCCAGGCAGUUCUUGGGUGUGACCCAGGUGUUCUGCAGGCACCGAACAGUUCAUGCAAAAACAAGAAUUAUAUUACAUAGUGGGGUGGUUCCUUGCCGUUCUUCCCUUCCUGAAGUUUUCAGAAAAUACAUGUUCAUGCUGAUAUAUAUAUAUAUAUAAUUCUUCCCUUUUUUGUGAUUUUUGUUUCAUAUAAAAAUGACCUGUUACUGUUUCUAAAGUGUUGUGGUGAAUGCAUUUGGUUGCAAUUUUGACUUUUCUUUUCAAUUUGCAAUUUUUAAAAAAAGUGAAACUACUCCAUUCCUGCACUGUAUUUUUCUGUGUCCUGUGUAGAUUCAGAUGAGGAUUUUAAAAUUUAUCUUCUCAAACAUUACUGUCACUCUCUGUUGUGUGUCUUAUGUUGCGUAUUAAGUAAAUCAUUUGUUUUAUGUGAGGAUGGACAUUAUUGGUUAAAUAAAGCUGAAAGUGAAA